AUGGUCUGGGAGCGAGGUGAGGGGGUGGGAGGAACCAGAACCCAGCACCCAAGCCCAGGAAGCAGUUGCAAACCAGGGCCCCGGGGCGCAGCAAAGGGAAGCGGAAGCCCGGCCGUGGCGGCCGAGGAGGGAAACGGAAGAAGCCGGGCCCGGGAGGACCGGGUGCGAGCCGGAAACCCGCCGGGAAGGGCCGAGGCGGGGGAGCCGGGCCGGGGAGGGCCGAGGCGGCGCCCGGAGCUCGGGCCGAGAGCGAGGGCUGGAGCCGCAGCCGGCGGAGGCUCGGUUCGCUCAGGCCUGUGCGUGCGGGACCCGGGGUUCGCGGUCGUGGACCAGGUUUUAUAUAUUAUGAAUAAAGCUGGCAUGUUUCUGUUUCUCCUGGGGAAAUACCUAGAAGAAAACAUGCUGGGUAAUAGCAUUAUGAGCAAUAGCCAAGACAUGGAAACAACCCGUGUCCACUGACCAAUGA